CAAUAUAGCAACCGAUGGGUUGGCGAGAUCAGAUGCUUACAUGCCAACCCAUUGGUCUUCUUCUGCGCCAUUUCUCAUACCCUCUGUUAAUACCUUCGCGUACCCCCGCCAAAACGACUCUGAGUCUCUGUCCACCGCGCCAGUACCACAUGACUUGUUCGGCACCGUAUCCCCGUCUUUCCGGCUACUCCCUCAUUGUCCCGUGCCGCGCCAUCACCUCCCCUAAUUGUUGCCGUCGUCGUCGUCACCGCCGUUGAUCUGCUAUCUGCCUUCAGACUUCAAUACAAGGCCAAGUCGAUGUUCAACGUUCAGUGCUCACCUUCAAAGAUGUUGUGACCCCAAGAGCUGUCUUCUUAUUCCUCUUGCCCAUUUCGCUACGGGCCAUAGCACCCACACCUCCUCUCCCCUCUCCACGGUCUCGUUUGCCCUCCUCUCCUCGUCUCUUCCAAUGGUGCCUGGCUCAGGCGCUAUCCGUUCGCUGUUGGUUCGCCUGUCGCCAUGCAAGCCAUGUGCUUGUCAAUGUUUCAUUGCCUUUGCACCAUCCACCUCGUUCCAGCUUGUUCCCCAACGCAACUACCCGACCUUUCCCAAUGGUCCUCUUCUGUCUGGCGUCACCAUCAACAACGCUGAGUCCAGUAUGCAACAUUAUGCCGUGGUGGACUUCUCGGGAUGGGGAGAUUAUGGCUGGUCAUGGCUUUUGACGUCUUAGCCAUCUACUUUUGUUCUGGAAAGCUUGUGUGUGUGAGGAGAACUUGUUGGAUGUGCCUUGCUUGGUUAUGCCAGUCCGUUGGUCAGGUCUGGUGACUUGGAAGCUCUGUAUCUUGGAAACUAUACAUGACUGUUUGCUGCCUCAACUCCUUUGUGGAAUGUGAGAGAGAGAGAAAGCUUUGACGACGCUCGAGGAUGUACUACCAAGUACUUAGCUACUUGACUCUAUCUUGCCACUUCCAUGAAUCCACGGCCUGUAAA